AUGGCAAGAGGCACAAGAAACAUAUUUGCUGCGAUAAUACUUAUCUUCUCAGUCAAAUCCAUUGGUUUACAAGUAUUUAUUGACUGCCUGCUAUGAAUCUAGGCCAGUACCAAGCACAGUAUAGUUUUUAAUAAAUAUAAGUUUGUAAAACCAACCCAGAUGUUUUAAAUAUAAUAAUGUCUAGGCAUGUAAGAUGAGUUAUAUGUAAGAUGAGUUAUCGCAUGUAAGAUGAGUUAUAUGAAGUUGGGUGACUUUUUUUCCCAUUAGUCCACAUACUGAUCUAAAAGCAGAAAAUUCCAGAUUUGCUUUAUUUAGUGGAUUGCUAAGUUUAAAAUUCACAUUGGAUAUUAGUCAGAACUGUUUGUAUGACCAUAAUAUUCACAAUAUUGUCUGAGAUAUUAGCUGAGAAGCCCAUUGUGAAAAGAAAGUCUAUGCGUGCUGUUUGUAUCUAUUGUGAUUGUCAGCUGAUGUUAGAUCACAUUUUCUAACCAAACAUAAGACCAACCAAACGCUUUAUUAUAAUUAUUUGACCAGCACUAAAGACGUACCUACCCCUCCACAACAGAUGAAACUGUGCCAGCCAAACAACAAAUGAGCAUUGUCCCCAGAAGCUUGGACAAAAAGGCACACAGAGUUCAAUUCCAGUUGAACAGAAUAAAGGCCAAAAUAGAGUUGCCUUGGGGGUCACUGCAAUUAAAUUGCUUAAUGAAGACAUUAAAAGAACUUUACAACAAAUACCCAGAUGCUGUGGCCACAUGGCUAAAGCCUGACCCAUCUCAGAAGCAGAAUCUCCUAGCCCCACAGAAUGCUGUGUCCUCUGAAGAAACCAAUGACUUUAAACAAGAGACCCUUCCAAGUAAGUCCAACGAAAGCCAUGACCACAUGGACGAUGUGGAUGAUGAAGAUGAUGAUGACCAUGUGGACAGCCAGGACUCCAUUGACUCGAACGACUCUGAUGAUGUAGAUGACACUGAUGAUUCUCACCAGUCUGAUGAGUCUCACCAUUCUGAUGAAUCCGAUGAACUGGUCACUGAUUUUCCCACAGACCUGCCAGCAACUGAAGUUUUCACUCCAGUUGUCCCCACAGUAGACACAUAUGAUGGCCGCGGUGAUAGUGUGGUUUAUGGACUGAGGUCAAAAUCUAAGAAGUUUCGCAGACCUGACAUCCAGUACCCUGAUGCUACAGACGAGGACAUCACCUCACACAUGGAAAGCGAGGAGCUGAAUGGUGCAUACAAGGCCAUCCCCGUUGCCCAGGACCUGAAUGCGCCUUCUGAUUGGGACAGCCGUGGGAAGGACAAUCAUGAAACGAGUCAGCUGGAUGACCAAAGUGCUGAAACCCACAGCCACAAGCAGUCCAGAUUAUAUAAGCGGAAAGCCAGUGAUGAGAGCAAUGAGCAUUCCGAUGUGAUUGAUAGUCAGGAACUUUCCAAAGUCAGCCAUGAAUUCCACAGCCAUGAAUUUCACAGCCAUGAAGAUACGCUGGUUGUAGACCCUAAAAGUAAGGAAGAAGAUAAACACCUGAAAUUUCGCAUUUCUCAUGAAUUAGAUAGUGCAUCUUCUGAGGUCAAUUAAAAAGAGAAAAAAAUAUAAUUUUUUUUUUUUGACUUUGCUUUUAGUCAAAAGAAAAAAUGCUUUAUAGCAAAAUGAAAGAGAACAUGAAAUGCUUCUUUCUCAGUUUAUUUGUUGAAUGUGUAUCUAUGUGAGUCUGGAAAUAACUGAUGUAUUUGAUAAUUAGCUAAGUUUGUGGCUUCAUGGAAACUCCCCGUAAACUAAAAGCUUCAAGGUUAUGUCUAUGUUCAUUCUAUAGAAGAAAUGCAAACUAUCACUGUAUUUUAAUAUUUGUUAUUCUCUCAUGAAUAGAAAUUUAUGUAGAAGCAAACAAAAUACUUUUACCCUUUUAAAAGGAAUAUAACAUUUUAUGUCACUAUAAUCUUUUGUUUUUUAAGUUAGUGUAUAUUUUGUUGUGAUUAUCUUUCUUUUGUGGUGUGAAUAAAUCUUUUAUCUUGAAUGUAAUAAGAAUUUGGUGGUGUCAAUUGCUUAUUUGUUUUCCCACAGUUGUCCAGCAGUUAAUAAAACAUAACCUUUUUUACUGCCUA